GGAUUCAGUGAAAUUCAUAAAGCUAUCUGGUUAGAUGGACCUAUUUUUAGUUGGAAUUUUGACAAAAAACAAUGGAAUAGAUGUAAUUUUCAAACAGGCUAUGAGGUUAUUCUUAAAACACUUAAUAGUUCAUCAAAUUUAAAUAAUAAAUUUCUUGAGGAGUGGAAAUAUCAUUAUAACUGUCAGAAAAAAUCAUUUUCAAAGUUUAUUCAAUUCUUUGGAAUUACUCAAGAUCCAAAUAGCUUAAAUUAUAUAGUAGUAAUGAGUUAUGCAAAAAAAGGAAGUUUGAGAAAAUGCUUAUCUGAUAUAAUUAAAUUUAAGUGGCAAGACAAGUUACAAUUAUUAAAAAAAAUUAUAUUAGGACUUAAAGUAAUUCAUGAAUCAAAUUUAACUCAUGGUGAUUUACAUGAUGGCAAUAUUUUAAUGUCAGAUAAUCACAAUGAAUUAUUUAUUAUUGAUUUAGGAUUAUGUAAACCUGUAAAUGAUUCACAGGAUUCUGAUAAUGAAAUUUAUGGAGUUUUACCUUAUAUGGCGCCUGAAAUAUUAAGAUAUAAUCCCUAUACUCCAGCAAGUGAUAUUUAUAGUUUUUCUAUGAUAAUGUGGGAAUUUACAUCAG